UAUUGUUGCAAGUGUCUUUGCAGUGUCAUAAGUGGUCUGCCACAUCGAGACAAACAGAACUGACUCAAUUUUCUCGUGACUUGUUGUCAAAGUCAGUAUAAGAUAUAGGCGGACAUGCAGAACAGUCUGGACCCACAGCUAGACCUCAGUGGCAAGCUGAUCAUCAAAGUUCAGCUUGGUGAAGACAUUCGACGUAUCCCCAUUCACAAUGAGGACAUCACAUAUGAUGAACUCCUGGUCAUGAUGCAACGUGUCUAUCGCGGCAAAUUCAACAGUAAUGAUGACAUCAUUGUUAAAUAUAAGGACGAAGAUGGGGAUUUGAUAACAAUAUUUGACAGUUCUGACCUCUCCUUUGCCAUUCAGUGUAGCCGAAUACUUAAAAUUACAUUAUUUGUUAAUGGCCAGCCCAAGCCACUGGAGACAGAUGAAGUUAAACUUUUACGGAAAGAGCUGCAGCAGAUUCGUGACCGAGUGAACCGAAUCCUUGACCGCCUGGAGCCUACGCCUGCACCUUCAAGUACCUGUGACACACUCGAUGGAUCUGGUUUAGGGCCAAGUCCCUCCAAGAAAGGAACCCCUGGGGGUGGAGGGUUCCAGCGGCCAGCCCAGGUAGCCAGCAGCAAGGAGUUCGACCCCCUUUCAUCGCAGAGGUCAGUAGAAGAGAGCACACAGAACAAAGUCAUGUCAUCGUUUGGCAUCACAAGUGAUUCAACAAAUGAUCGUCCCGGUACACCUGACAGUAUUUCCAGUGUAGGAUCAUCAGCUAGUAACCAAUACAAACGCCAACAGCAAGGAACUCCAACACAACAGCCCAGCACCCCACAGCAGCAACCAACACCAUCACCCCAGUCUUUUCCACAACAGCCCCCUCAGCAGGCAUUCCCAGGUCAGCCCGGGUACCAGCAACCCCCUACUUCCCAGCAGCCACAGGCCGGAGCCCAGUUUACAGGACAACCGGGAACAUUCCCUGGUCAGACCCAGGGUCAACAGCAGCCACAGACACAACAGCCCGGAUACCAACAGCCCGGACACCAACAGUCCGGACACCAACAACCAGGACCAGCUGGGUAUGCUCAGUACCAACAAGGACAGCAAGGUUAUAAUCAACCCCAACCCCAACCAGGCCAACCCCAACCAAGCCAACCCCAGCCAGGUCAACCCCAGCCAGGUCAACCCCAGGCUAGUCAAGCCCAGCCUCAUCCCGGACAGCCCCAGCCCGGACAACCCCAGCCUGGACAACCCCAGCCGGGACAACCCCAGCCCGGACAACCAGGCUAUGGCGCCCCUCAGUCUGCACCCUAUGGCUUAUCAGGACAACAGCCACAGCCAGGACAACAGCAAAUGUAUGGACAGCAACAGCAAGGCUACCAACCAGGACAGCACCCUCAGCAGUUCAACGCCCCAGCCUCUGGACCCGGCCCCGCAGGGGGUGCCAACCCUUACAGAGGAGGCUAUGCAUCAGGCUACCCCCGCCCCCAGGGAGGCUACCCCCAGGGCUACCAGUGAAACGGACACCUGCUACAAAGUCUUAUUUAUAUUUUAUCAAAAACAGACUGGACUUGCAUUCUGAUGGCGUACAUGAUAACAAGUUGAAUUUCUGUGUCAAUAAUGUUGUAUUUUAUUACGUGACUAGUUAAGAUGUUGGUCAAAUUAGGGCUAAUUUUGAGAAUAACUGACAUCAGUUUUGAAUUGGGUCGGAAUGCCCUGGGCAUGUGCAAGUAUGUGACUGUUGAAUGAGACAUGAUGCUGACGAUCACUCCUUCACAUCACUGGCUGUAGGGUGAAGUUAAAUUCUUUCUGUGGUUGAGUGUUUUCUGCUAUUGUUUGAAUUUAUGAAUAUUUUGAAGACGAGAAAUAAUUGUUGAUGGUUUCACAAUUGUUUCAUAGAUUUUUCAUGUCCUUAAUGGUGAUGAAACUUGAGUAAGCCAGAAUCAACUUACAGUCAUUUGUCAAAGUGAAGUGAGAUAUUUUGAAAGAGAUUGUCCAUCUGUAUCUCUGACAAGAAAAUUACAACUUAUUAAUAAACGUUACCAGUCUAGUCUGUUUAAGGGAGGACAUUCUUAUUGAGUAGUGAAUGGAUUUCAAAAGUACUAAUUUCUUACAAACAGGUUAUUGCAUUUAAAAACAAAUCAGAAAAAGAGCAAUUUGUAGGAGAUCUAACAAAGCAAACUAAUGUCAUUUCUUAUGAAUAAAGUUAUUUAAAAAAUAUUAAGAUAUAAAGACCACAUUCAUCCUGACACUGAGCUAGAGGCAUCACAAGAGUGAAGUGGCUACAGGUCGUGUAGCGAAGACUCAUCGACCUCAUGCAAUAACCUUGACAACCAUGGUUGUAGCUGUCAAAGGGAUAACCCUAAGUAUUCCUGACCAAAUUUAAGUUUGUCUAUCAAGCCGGAGUAUCUGUUAGGUUUUUGAAGUAAUAAUGUAUCAUUGUUGUAACUAUGUCAGAUAUCAGGGAGACCUUCAGACAGCGACAGAUCCAAGACUUGGAUGAAGUAAUCUUCUCUCCCAAAGCUGUUAUCAAACUCACAUGUCACAGUGCUUUACAGAAUAGAGUAGAGUCUACGCAUGAGAUAUUUCAUCCUGUCGUGUAAACCAUAUAUAGUACUCAACUUUUGAUAGGGAUCAUCAGAUAUGUCAUUCUAUUUAUAUAUGCACUUGACAUAUUGUGAGAAUCAGUUUUGUGUGUUGUGGAAAGAUAAAAAAAAUAUCCCUUUCAAAUGUGGAGUAGUAUGCCUCAUGAGACCAAGGGCAUUGUCAAACCAUGAUGUGAGUUCAGAUGCCUCCAUCUCCUUCCUCCCACCUUCUGUCAAAUCAAAUGUCCCUGCCCUGCCCUGUGUACUGCUAGUUACUGAUGUACUCAGCCUCUAUAGCUUGUCCAGCAAGAUGUUGCUUCAGUCUCACCUUCUCCAUCAGCCUGAAGAGCAACCCACUUCAUCCUCUUCUUCAUGAUGUAUGUCAGUGUCUAUAUACAGUUAUCAGUUUCUCAAGCAUGCUUCAUGGGCUUUAUUCACUAUGUUCCUUCAUCAUGUUUAUCCAGGCAUCUGGUUGGUUAGUGAGUGAGUGAGUGAGUAUGGUUUUACACCGCUUUCAGCAAUAUUCCACCAAUAUCAUGGCAGGGUACACUAGAAAGGGGCUUCACUGAUUGUACCCAUGUCGGGAAUCGAACCUGGGUCUUUGAGGUGAUGAGCCAACGCUGUAACCACUAGGCUACCUGACCGCCCUGCAUCUGGUUAGGAUGUAUGACAUUUUUUGUAGCAUUACUUUUAGUUGUCAUAGGUUCCCAAAGAACAUGCUGGUCUAAAGAGGUGACUAAAUGGCUGUCAGACUCUGUACCUUGUAUCUCAGUUUCACAGAUCAAUGCUCAUGAUCUCAAUCACUGGAUUGUCUGGUCCAGACUUGAUUAUUUUCAGACCGCCAUCAUAAUGCUGGAAUAUUGCUGAGUGCAGCGUUAAACAACAAACCCAAUCACCAUUAUUCCUGUAAGCUGAAUCUUAUUAAAUCUAGUUACUAGACUUGAAAGAAACUUGCAGUCUUCAUUGAUAUUGUUUGUUUUGUGUCCAUUACUUCAAUCCAGUCAAUACAAAUGAAAAAAACAAAAUUAUGAGUGUAUGACUUAAAAAUUUUACGAUCAGGAUAUUUAUUGUGAUGUCAGCUCGUUCUGUGACUGAGAUGACUCAGCUGAUUGUGUAGCCAAGGGGAUCAGUUGCCACACACAGCAUCUGUUCUGUAGUGACAUGCCUGUCCAGUGUCAAUACCUGGGGCUGUGUUUGGAGAGGUAAAUUGGAUAUGUCAUGAACACAAUACUUCCUCCAACAGAUGGCUGUGUCAGGAGCUGUUUGCUGCUCUAGGGCACAAAUGAACUCCUGUGUAAUCUCAGCAUCUAUAACACAAUAAAUAUUUAGAUAGUUUUUAAACAUACUUGCAAUUUCUAUGUUCAGUGUGAGUAACAAUUUGAAAUUUUCUAAGUCAAACAUCAACUUGCAAGAACGGUUAUGAUCAGAACAUCAAAUUGAUGUUGAUCAUUGACACAUGGCCUAUGAAUAUGAAACUGAUGAUAUACAGGGCCAGGGGACCCAUAUUGCCCAGGAAAAGGGUCAUAUUGUUUUCUGGUGGUCCUUACACUGUAAUAAUCUGAAUUAUGAGAUUUAUGUUUAUGAUGACCGGUAAACCAGUAGCAAAACAACAUACUUCUCAAAGCUGUGUACAAGCCUUCUGGUACUGACAUGGCUGUCGGUGCCCAGACUUCUACUGUGCAUAGCAAUGUGGAGAUUGUGGUUGGUAAUGUGAUAUUUUUCAGAUCUGAUAUGUAAGAUUGAUGUAAUGGAAUCAGAUUACAGGGUAGGAUUACAUGUUAUAGGACUGCUAGAUCACAUGGAACUCCCAACUUACCAUAGCAAUUUACUUUUCAUGACAUUAGGGCAAAUCUGGCUUUUGUUUUGUAGUAAUCCAUUUAGGUUGUUUUUAUACCAUUGUGUACAUUUGAAAGUAUAUAUUGAUUAUAAGCCUUGUAGGGCUAGAGCAGGUAACUCCGGUACUCAAGUCGGGUGGGUCCUGAGUAGGACCCGGGUACCCACAGUACUACCCAGACCCAUGGUUAGUCACGUGAUAUAUUGUUUAAUGACAACGCUUCAAUCAACGUCAGUGUACACAUGAUCUGAUAAUUUCAUACAUGUAUCUAAAUAGUUUUUGCCAGGGCUGCAGUAAAACAAUUCCCAAUCAGACAUUUUGUUCCCAUCUCUUGAGACCUACAGCACGUACCGGGAAGGGUCGGGUAAUAUGGGCUCGGGUACCCGGGUUAUAAAUUUGGACUCGUCCCUGCCCUAAAGCCUUGGUCUGUACCAUGUCCGUAUUUGUAUGGUUUGUCAAUGGGAUAAGCCUCUAAGAUCUGUAACACUUGGACUUUUGUCCAAUAGAAGCUAUGACAUCAUGAAACUGGAGCAGAAUUACUGUUCACAGUGGUGUUAUGCCCAGCUUGAAGAGAUAUGGUUUUUUUUACUUCUGCCAAAGUAUUGUAAGAGUUUUAGAAUAGGUAUGGAGGUGGGCUUAGAUAUAGGAACUGUAAUUAGUCUGAGGUCUUGUUUUCUCUUGGUGUUACUGUAUAUUGCUGUCUAUGAUGCACCAAACCUAACCCUCAUUGUAGAACCUUCAGUACUAAUAUAUAUCCCUCUCUACUCCACUCAGCAUAUCAUACAGGGUUGAAAACGUUUCGCUAACGUAAAAUAUGUUCUGUGAUUUUAUUCUUUGACAUGCUGCAUGAAUAACUUCAGAUCAUGCUGCAAUUUUGUUGACAAGAUGCAACCUCAGAUAGCUGCCCAUAAAAUAAAGUGGCAUAGACAGCGAUAUACGGUAGUCAUUUCAGUUUGUAUUCGCAUUAUCUUGACAACCAAUUUAUCUACACCAAUAAAAUAUGUUCUGUGAUUUUUUUCCUUUGACUUGUCGCAUGAAUAGCUCCAGAUCAUGCUGCAAUUUUGUUGACAAGGUGCAACCUCAGAUAGCUGCCCGUAAAAUAAAGUGCCAUAGACAGCGAUAUACUAUACGGUAGUCAUUUUCAGUUUGUAUUGGCAUUAUCUUGACAACCAAUUUAUCUACACCAAAACAUCGCUCCUAAUACUAAUAAGGUAGUUGUUCAUUCAUAUAGCUUAUCCUUACUUUCAGAGUUAUUAUAAUAUUAUUCAAACCACUUGUAUACUGUGUAUGUAAUGUCAUUGCAUUGUUAAUCAAGAUCAGUUUCAUGUCAGCCAUCUUGUAUUGUAUAUAGAUGACCUGUACAUUCAGUAUGUCUGUUGUAUGUAUAAGUUAUGAUGUAUAAAGUAAUAAGAACACAGUACCUUCCAUCUUUGUUUUGCAUAAAUAUGUCUUGAUUCCCAAAGCUACAUGUACCUUACAUUCAGAGUUGGUCAUGAAGUCCUUUCAUUAUGUACAGUGAGAAAAGAUGGCCAAAAUACUAAUGAGCUGCUCCUAUGGACACGGCCAAGUAUGUGUUGGUGUUACAACAUUUGGUCAAAUGGAAGUCUGUGAGAGAUAACCUUGACACAGCAGGGGGGUCGGGUAGCCUAGUGGUUAAAGCGUUCGCUUGUCAGGCCGAAGACCCAGGUUCGAUUCCCGACAUGGGUACAAUGUGUGAAGCCCAUUUCUGGUGUCCCCGCCUUGAUAUUGCUGGAAUAUGGCUAAAAGCAGCGUAAAACCAUACUCACCCACUCACUCAUGACACAGCUACUGAGAACCUACACAGAACCAGUGUUUGAGAUAAAAACAUCGUCUGGCUGCAGUGAGGACCCACAUGUAUUGGAAGCUGCAGGCCCUGACCAAACUCUUCAGACCUUAAUUUAAAAAAACUGCAUUAAUUUAAUGCCGGCAUUAAAUAUAAAAACAGGUAUGAAAAUUAUAUUCAUAUAAUUAUGAAUGUUCAGCCAAAUGAGCAAACCACUUGGAUUUUUCAAACUAGAAAAGAAAAUCUUACUAUAAGUAAGAAUGACCCCAAGAGGAGUUUUUGCCAAGCUGGUACUUCCCUUUUCAUCAACCUCCACCGAAAGAAUUAGCUGAAGUCAAAGCUUUGUCAUGUUCCAAUAUUAAGAAACAUUUCAGCAUAUUUGACAGUUUACUGUUGGUGGUGUUAUCAGUAUGAAAAAUGCAAGUGAUGAAAAGAAUGAACUCAUUUUUAUGCUUUUUUUUAAACACAUCUGAUAACCAUAGCUUGACUUUUCAAAGCGGGGCACAGGUGCGCCAGAACGUUAAUGUGCAGCUACCGAUAUUUGUUGUGAAUGUCAUCCCUCAGCCCAACGUUCCGAUCUACGCCCCCAUUGUGAUCUGGCACCACACCCAGUCUGGGGUCUGUGAAAUAAUUGGAAUAUUUUUCAUUAGUGUUUGUCAGCCCUUUUUGUUAUCUGUACUGUCUCCAUGGAAUUAAUGCUGUGAUUGAUCAGGUUGAGAUGUGUACAUUUGGUUUCAGCAGUCUGUGAAUGCAUGCUGAUGGGAUUAUGUUGAUUAUGAAAACACAAGGUAUUCAACAGCUUGCCAUGCUGGGAAUCAUAAAUAAACAUUUUAUGUAUA